AUGACCGACUCGCGUUCGCGGUCUCCACGACCUGAACGUCGGAGACGGAGUAGGUCUCCCGAUUUUGAUCGAUCGAGACGCCCACGGAAUCAGGGAGGCUUUCGCUGGAAAGACAAAAGACCGCGAGAUGACAGAAACCGCGAUGAUGAUCGCCGUCUAGAACGAGGCUAUCGCGAACAACACCGUCCGCGGUCUCCUCGUCGUGACAGAAGCAGGGAUAGAUAUGGUGAUCGUGAGCGAGGUCGUGAAACAAACGCCCCGGCAAGGCAAGAUGAGAAGAAGGACGAGAAACUAGAUGGCAAUAAGCCAAAGCCAGCGCCUAAGAAGGCCCCGGUAGUAGCAGCACCUGCCGAGGAGAUGAUUAUAGUCAAUGUCAACGAUCGUCUUGGUACAAAAGCUGCUAUUCCAUGCCUAGCCUCGGACCCGAUCAAACUUUUCAAGGCCCAAGUUGCCGCCAGAAUCGGUCGUGAACCCCACGAGAUCUUACUGAAGCGUCAGGGCGAAAGGCCGUUCAAAGACCAGCUUACUUUACAAGACUACGGUGUUUCGAAUGGUGUACAGCUUGACUUCGCGGCAUUUGGCUGGGCUGGCGGGGUAAAUGGUUUUGCCGCAACCCUUGUGCCGCCUUUCCCCAUUCGGCCAUUUUUCCAGCACGAGAGAGACAGAGCCAAGCCUGGUUCCGCUUUUGCUGGCGGCGAGUCAUUUUUCUCCAUGCAGAUAAAAAUUGUCGACAUUGAACCUCGUCCUGACGUCCUCUACUAUUUGCUUCAACCUCCUUCGUCCGGAACAACCGCCCGCCCCCAUCGACAGACAUGGAUUUUUGAUUCUCGACUCACUCUGCAAUCGCCUGAUCGCCGCCUACUCCGACUUCAUCGCAAGUUUUUCCGUCCGUCGUUCCGAUUAUCGGUGAUCUCUAAUGUUCUGCUCUCCAAAUUUGCCGUCGGUGAGACUCGAGUCGAAAUCCAAGAGUCGGUGAGAGAGAAAGAUGUUUACAUCAUUCAAUCUGGCGGGGGAAAAGUGAACGAUCAUUUGCUGGAGCUUCUGAUUACCAUAUCGGCUUKCAAAACUGCUUCUGCGAAACGAGUUACCGCUGUACUACCCCUGUUCCCAUAUUCUCGUCAGAGCGAUAUCCCAUACAAGAAGAGCGGAGCUCCUUUGGUCAAGUCAUCGAUUCAAACUCAAUUCACAUUCGAUAGCACUCCCUCGACGCCUCAUCCCGGGAAAGCCGAGAGUCAGGGAAUGAACAAUGAUGUUGAUAGCCUCCAGAAGAGCCUCGCAAGAGCUCAAAUCGAAUCUGAAAGUAAUGGCUCGCCGGKAAAACGACACCCCAUUGCCAAUGGAGGAAAACGAAGUGGCACCCUUGAAUCCGCUCGCACAGAGUCUAGCCUCACCAAUGGCGUGAAUGGCGAUGAGGCGGCAAGUACCUCGAGCGGCGUUUCCAAGGUCCCCGAGUUUGAGCCUCGUCCCGGUUACCGACAGUGGGUUGCUCAGGCAGGAACUCUGAUCGCGGACCUCUUGACAUGUGCUGGCGCUGAUCACAUCAUCACAAUGGACUUGCAUGACCCCCAAUAUCAGGGUUUCUUCGACAUUCCCGUGGACAACCUUUACGGUCGACCAUUACUCAAGAGAUAUAUUCAGCGCCACAUCCCUGAUUACAGGAAUUGCAUCAUCGUCAGUCCUGAUGCUGGUGGUGCGAAGCGAGCAACUGCUAUUGCAGACUCGAUGGGAGUUGAAUUUGCACUAAUUCACAAAGAACGACGACCUACGAAAAUAUCCGACAGACAAAAUGCCACUAUGAUGCUUGUCGGAGAUGUACGAGACCGAACUGCCAUUCUUAUUGACGAUUUGGCAGACACAUCAAACACCAUAACUCGAGCGGCCAAGCUACUCAAGAAAGAGGGUGCUGCCAAGGUCUAUGCUCUCCUCACCCACGGUAUUCUGAGUGGCGACGCUAUUGAGCGCAUCAAUGCCAGUGCCUUGGAUAAGGUGGUGGUGACGAACACCGUUGACCAAACCGAGCAUUGCAAGCGCUGCCCCAAGCUUGAGGUUCUUGAAGUCGGCAAUGUUUUUGCUGAGGCAAUUCGUCGCGUUCAUCAUGGCGAAAGUAUCAGCGUUCUGUUCCAAUACGACUAG